AUCUAGCAAGUUUUGUCAGUGGGUUGAAGCAGUUGCCCAGACGAAAAAAAGCGUAGAGCCAGGCUAAUAUAACAGGCUCUGUAACUAGUUAGCACUCUAGUCACGUCCACUCCGGGUGAAGUGCAGAGUGCACCGGUGGACAGUCUGAUUCAGAAGUCCAUUAGUAGCCAUGGCAGAGACUUCGGAGAAAGUCCCCAUCUCUCUGGCAGGACCAGAAGACGUGGAACAGUGUUUACCACCUAAGGCUUACACUGCCGUGACUGUAAAACCCUCCAACAGUGGUCGUCUUCUGAAAAUUGGAGCAGCGGUGCUGAUAGCAGGAGCAGCUCUUCUGCUUGUUGGUGCUAUCGGUGCCUUUUACUUUUGGAACGACAAGCACGUGUACAAUGUUCACUACAGCAUGAGCAUCAAUGGAAAAGUAGAGGAAGGAUCCAUGGAAAUUGAUACUGCGAAUAACAUGGAGACAUUCAAGACAAAAAUUGGGAACGAUGAGGCUGUGGAGGUUCAUGACUUUCACAUUGGAAUCACUGGAAUUCGCUUCUCUGGAAGAGAGAAAUGUUAUAUUAAAGCACAAGCUAAGGCUCACCUCCCUGACGUGGAGACUCUGAACAAAGAGUCACUAACCUUUGACCUGGAAGAUGAGAUUAUGCCAGCUAAAUUUGAUGAGUCGCCUCUCAUCUGGGUGUCUGCAGAGCAACCAGUGAAAGACAACAGCUUUCUGAGCGCCAAGAUCCUGGACCUCUGUGACAAUCUACCAAUCUUCUGGCUUCGUCAGACAUAUGCCAAAGAUGGACAGAGAAAGAAAAGAGAAGCUCAACGUCCAAGACGCCAGUCAGAACCUUAUGAUCCAUUCAUAGAGGCUGCAGAGCAGGUGAACACUGUUGGUCGAUCUCAGAAUGUUACCUCAAGGAGAGUUACAGAUGAGGAAGAGCCCACUUUCAACCCAGAGAACCCCUAUCACAGAAAUCUGGAAGGGGAGGAAGACACCAUGACCUUUGACCCCAUGCUGGACCACCAAGGAAUCUGCUGCACGGAGUGCAGGCGCAGCUAUACGCACUGCCAGCGGAUAUGCGAGCCCCUCGGAGGCUACUGGCCCUGGCCCUAUGACUACCGGGGAUGCCGUGUUGCUUGCAGGAUCAUCAUGCCGUGCCGCUGGUGGGUCGGACGCAUAUUAGGCGUUCUGUAGAUCUCCGACUGACUCAUGCAUAACAUCAAGGAAACUCAGUGGAGAUCGCAGCUAAAGAAGUCCUCAGAAACUCUGCCUUAUGUAACAAACAUACGUAUUUAAAGACCAAAUAAUACAAAAUUUCCUUUUUCCAGGAUGUAAAUAAAUAAUAAAGUGCUAACUAUAUUGUUAAUCCUAUUGAAAGAUUGUUGCGCAUUUAAAGCUGAAUGUGUAGAAAGCUCGUCUUUUUAGAUUGCUGCAAUUAGUGUCAACAGCCUUUUUUCCACGCUAAUGUGUCCUCUAUACAUUAAACAGCUUUAUUUCUAUGUUAUUUGUAAUGUGCUCGUUAAUAAAUCCAUGCUUUAUUCCUGUCUUA